GUACACUCACACAGCCCCAGUGAUUCAACCCUGAUUUCCAGCGAACGAGCAAAGCAACAGACGGGAUGCCCAAAAGUGCGGACCGGUGGAGAGGUAGUUCGCGCUGAAUAAGCCUCUUGAAGAGAUAGCGAGGGGGGGAAGAAGACGCAACAAAAAAACAAGACGAGAAGCUGCGCGCUUUCUCCGCGGCAACUUGCGCACAGUGGCAGAGUUUUAGCGGCAGUAUUGUUCUGACUUCACUCCAGAGGGGCCACUCCGAGGAGAGAGGACGCACACAAAAGGGAAAAGGAAAGGACUAACGAGCACGCUUUGUCGUUUAAAGUAAUGGUCCUGCGGUCUUAGAUCCUAUAGAUUUCUCUGUCUCUCUCUCUCUCUCCUCUCUGUUUCUUUCCAUUUUUUCCCCUUCUUUUUUGACAUUUUUUCGUCCCGUCGGUUUGUGUCCCCCCUUUGUCGCCGUGAGAGAGUGGACGCGCCGGGGGUUUGAGGAGCAGAAGCGGGGCUGUCCACAUGGUCCAACCACCGGCGUGAAAGUUGACUUCUUCAGAAAACAAGAGAACAGGUGCCAGUGAUGAUGGUGGAAUCAGCCUCUGAGACCAUUCGAACGACACCGUCCAACCAGAACGGAGUCAGCAGCCUUAGCAGCCAGUCAGAUGGAGGGGGAGGUAGAGAGGGCGGGUCGAACGGUGACACCAACGGAGAGAUCAGCCCAGUCGACUUACUGCACCUGCAACAGCAACAGGCGCUCCAGGCAGCCAGACAGUUCCUCCUCCAGCAGGCCUCUGGACUUAACUCCCCUGGCAGCAACGAGGUCAAACAGAGCCCUGUGCAGGUUCCUGUGUCCAUGGCUAUGAUGAGUCCACAGAUGAUCACUCCUCAGCAGAUGCAACAGAUCCUGUCCCCCCCUCAGCUCCAGGCCCUGCUGCAGCAACAGCAGGCUCUAAUGCUACAGCAGUUACAGGAGUAUUACAAAAAGCAGCAGGAGCAGUUGCAUCUUCAGCUUCUGACUCAGCAGCAGCAGCAGCAGCAGCAACAGCAGCAGCAGCAGCAACAGCAACAGCAGCAGCAGGCCGGGAAGCAAGCAGCAAAAGAGCAGUUAGGAAGUAAGCAGUUGGCCUUUCAGCAGCAGCUGAUCCAGAUGCAGCAGCUUCAGCAGCAGCACAUCCUCAACCUCCAGAGACAAGGCCUGGUCCCACUGCAGCCCACCGCCGCCAUGCAGUCUCUGCAGCAAGCGAUGUGUCCGUCAGACCUCCAACAGCUGUGGAAGGAUGUGUCGGGGGUGCAGAGCAGUGAGGAGGCCCUGAAACAGGCCGAGGGCCUGGACUUGAGCACCAACAGCUCCAAUUCUACCUCAGCCUUCCCCAAAGCUGCCAGCGCUCACAUGCCACUGCACAGCCUGGUCAAUGGACAGAGCCACACCCCAAAGAGAGACAGAGCCAGACUGUUUGAGUGGAUAUCCUCCUUCACCAAGUCAGACAACGGAGAUGACCAUGUCCCCCUUUACUCCAAAGGCGGCCAACCCCCCAGCAGCCAUCAUGAGGAGCACGCCGGCUCCCAUCCUCUCUACGGCCAUGGGGAAUGCAAGUGGCCUGGCUGUGAAGCACUGUGUGAGGACAUGGGACAGUUCAUCAAGCACUUGAACAAUGAGCAUGCCCUCGAUGACCGCAGCACUGCUCAGUGCCGAGUCCAGAUGCAGGUGGUUCAGCAACUGGAGAUACAGCUGGCGAAAGAGAGCGAGCGACUCCAGGCCAUGAUGACCCAUCUGCACAUGCGUCCUUCAGAGCCAAAGCCUUUUAACCAACCUCUUAACCUGGCUUCCAGUGGCUCUCUGUUAAAGCGGGACAGCGAUGUCUACCCAGAGGGUCUUCCUCACCCCCCCACCUCAGCUGCCACCCCCAUCACCCCACUGCGCCAGGGACCCUCAGUCAUCAGCUCCUCCAGCCUGCACUCACACUCCCACUCCCACACGCACGGUGUCGGGCCCAUACGUAGGCGCAACUCCGACAAGUACUGCACCCCCAUCGCCUCAGAGCUGGCUCAGAACUGUGAGUUCUACAAGAACGCUGAUGUCAGGCCUCCCUUCACCUACGCCUCUCUUAUACGUCAUGCCAUUCUGGAGUCCCCAGACAGACAGUUGACUCUCAAUGAGAUCUACAACUGGUUUACACGAAAGUUUGCCUAUUUCAGGAGAAACACAGCCACAUGGAAGAAUGCUGUGCGCCACAACCUAAGUCUGCACAAGUGUUUUGUUCGCGUUGAGAACGUGAAGGGGGCCGUGUGGACUGUGGAUGAAGUUGAAUACCAAAAGAGGAGACCACCAAAGAUGACCGGAAGUCCCACUCUGGUGAAAAACAUGAUUUCAGGCCUGGGCUUUGGAUCCCUAAACGCCAGCUACCAGGCGGCUCUGGCAGAGAGCAGUCUGUCCCUGCUGAACAGCCCUUCCCUGGUGACCCCGUCUGCGGCCAGCCUCAACAUGCUGCAUGUGGGCCACGAUGAUGUCAGCUCCACUGUGGAGCAGGUCAACAGCAACGGCAGCUGCAGCCCCACGCUCAGCCCUCAACAGUACAGCCACCAGGUGCAUGUGAAGGAGGAGCCCACUGAGGUGGAGGAGGACAGUCGGUCAGUAUCCCUCCUGGCCGGCGUCACACACAGCCUGCCAUUGCCGAGCGACGAGCGCGACCUGGAGGAGGAUCUUCCCACCGAGGAGCUGGAGUAAGACGGAUCCCCGAUGGACCAGAGGGACGAGACAUCGCGAGAUCAAUCCCUGAGCCCUCUCGUCAGCGUGAAGAGGAAAAGAUAGCUACAGUACACUUAAGAGAAAAGAGAGAAAAAAAGAGAAUGUUUUUUUUUGUUUUUAAGAAAAUGCAAGCAACCAAGGACAACAUUGAGAAACUCCAAACAGGGUUAGAAGACCUUCGUUUCUUUCAGACGCAAAAACAAGACUGUGGAGCACUGCUUUACCUCCAUGUGUUUCUUUUCCAACACUUGGCUCAGAGGUGUAACACCACUCAAUGCAUACACACACACAAAACACGCACACACACUCAUUCACUUGUCAAACCAUGUGUCCCCAUCCUCCCUGGUCAAAUCAGCCUCUGUGUAGAGACCCUUAGAGGUUUGGACACACACUCUCCUCCUUUGCCCGACCACUCUGCAUAUGCCCUCCUCGCUGUCGUCUCGGGCUGCCUAGCAGGCCGUUUUAUCUCCACGUCAGCUGAGAAGACACACAGGUGUGUGUGAAAGAGAAAGACACACACACAGGAUCAUGUGUAUAUAGAUUUGGAGCAGUCACCAGGGGCUGUGCAGUAAACCUCUCCUUUCUGCCCCUCUUUGAGUCAAUCACUUGCUUUUUUAUUUUCUUUGAUUUGAUUGAAAUGAAACUGUCAGGCUUCAAGAUGGGAAGUAAGGAAGAGGGCUUUUUCAAAGAUUACCUCCAGCAGUGCUCCAACACUUCUGCAGAGCGGGCUCCUGUCUCCACAUCCGUGUGUGAGCCCACGGCGAGGCUGUGGCCCUGGUCCCUGUCCAAACUUCUGCCCCCAGCCAGACACUUAGUGACUGACAUCUUUUAAACUCUUUGCUUCUUAAGUGAGAAAAAAAAGACAUUUUCCUACCCCCCACCUCCAUCCCUUCCCAUCGCCCCCCACCCCCCACCCCACCCGAAAAGACUGCAGGAAUAGGACCAUUCGGUGCUGUCCUUCUCCUCUCCUCCGUCUGCGGGCGGAGCGACGAGCUUGGAACACUUUGAGAAUGAGAAGAAAAGAGGGGAAGCAAAGAGAAACGAGGGAGGAAGCGUCUACAGAAAUAUUGACUAAAAAAAGAAAACUGUUCAUGAUUAUGGAAUAUAACAAGAAAAAAAACGUGUGGUAGCUUUUGUCAUUUCCUUUUUUUAUUUGAUGUUAUUAUCAUUGUUUAUUUUUGAGGAUCAAUAUUUCCACGGUGGUUCUGUUUCGACGUACCUUUUCUAAGGAUGCUGUUUUUGUUUUUGUAUUGUAAAUUGUUUGAUUUACUCUGGCUGUUCACAUCAUUCCAAAUGAGUAUUGGCAAAAAAAAAAAAAAAAAAGAGAAAGCGCAGUAUUGUCCCAACUUGUGAUACACGACCCCCACUCCUCCCCCUCUCCCUUUCUGUCCCAAUUGUAGCAGGCAAGAAAUUUGGAAAUAGCACUUAAAGUUGCCAUUAUCCAGACAGAUUAUUUAACAGCUGAAUCUUUUUUUUUAAUUCUCUCUCAUUCACUUGUUUUUGGUUGUGUAUUUAGUUGAGAAAUAUCAGUAAUGCUUUAAAAAUAUAUAUAUUAUUACUGCAGUCAGAGAAUACCUCAUCCCACAAAGGUUCUGCCUGGAACUGUGUCCAAAUUGAUAAACAAAUAAGGGGGAAUUCUUUCCGUGGGACACCAAAUGUGGCAACUCUGCUCAGCUUCAAAGCUCUAUGGUUGUAAUAGUUACUGUGUAGAAGCUAUCUGCAAUUCACUGUGUGAGUUUGUGUUAAAGGAAUAGCACGUGAGAUUUAUUUUUAUUUGUUUUCCUGUGAGCAUAAAAGCAUUACUUUUCUCUACAGUGCCAUACCAAAUUUAACAUUUAUUUUAAUCUAUUAUCUGCUUAUUCCCAUUUUAUUUUUGUUACAGGUAACCAAAGAAAUAUGUAGAAAACCAAAAACCCUGUAGUUUAUUUUUGCCCUAUUUGAGUUUCUCUUUUUUUCCUUCUUCUUAAAGAAUUGGCCAAAAGACAACAAACCAGGAGUUUGAAUUGUUAUUAUUGUAUUCAUAUAACUAUUGUGUUGAAAUUAUACAUGAUUUACAGUGCUGACCAUUCCGAAAACCAAAGUGUGUGAAGCAAACUAGAAUUUGGAGACAUCAAAGCUUUUACAUGAUAAGCGGUUACGAAUGACUCACAUUAGGUAUGAGGCCAAAAACUAGUAUUAACAAACCUCGCACAGUUCCUCUGAAACAACAAAAAGAAAGAGAAAAAAAGCACUUAGAGGUGAAACCCUGUCUCUCCCACGCUCAGGCUAAACUGUGUUCCAAACACAAUCCUAGGACUGGCCCUACUGCUGUAUGAGCAGGCUGAAAAAAGAGGCACUUGUGAGGCAUUUGAACACUUUUUCUGGUGCUGUCGUAACAAAUAUUUGGAGUUUUUAAACCUAGGGAACAAACAAACCCUCUUGAUCUGUACGUAGUAUCUGCAGGAAGAGGAAGUGUACUGUAAUGUGGUUACAAAAGUCACAUCUUUGGACAGGGAGGAGUUAUUCCAAAAACAUAUAAUACAAUAAAGAGGGAACAACUAAAAAGAAUAAAAGAAAAUAUACCAAUGUAAGAGGAAAACAACCAAGGGACAUCAUGUAAUUGAAAGUUGGGUUCAUAUUUUCAUACUUUUUUUGUCAAACUUAUCUCUUGCACUUCAGACAAUUUUUCUUAUUUAAUGAAAGAAUCUUUCUGAUGACUUUGUGUUCAAACAGGACUGUUUCCUGUCACAUUAGAGACUGAUUUCUAACAAAGUACAAAGUGGCAGACAGACAUCUUGAAACGAGAUAAAAACCAAAAAUAACACUACCUCCUUUUCAAAACGGUUCAACACAUAGCCAAUGGGAGACCGAACUCUCUUAAAUAUUUUUUUUUCUCCAUCUUCCUCGAUGAUAAUAAGUAAUGCCAAAUUGUUGUUACACUUACUGUAUGAAUGACAAAAAAAAAGAAGUUAUUUGGCGAUCCGGACUCCCUGACACAUCUGCUCGAGCCCAAAAACAUAGAGACGUUUCACUUUUCCAUGGAAUUAAAAAUGACUACCUCUCCUUAAACCACAUCUAAAGCACUCUCUACGUCUCAAAGUGUGUUGUGAAGUGCUCGCUAUAUAUGAAACGUUUUCUAUCAGCUGCGUAAAAAGCGGACCAUAUUCCUGCACCCGGUUAGCACUGAGCUAUGUGAACAGCCUCUGACUGUAUGUGUGCAUAUUCACCAUCUCAGCUGUCAGAAACUGGUCGUGGCUGGUUUGUGGCUGCGUGGCGUUGCAUGGAGCUGGUUGUUUGGGGUAAUGAAGGGCAGAAUAUACUAGUGCCACACACUCACACACACACAUACACAAACACACACACACAGGGGUAUGAUAGAAGCAGGGCUAUGGGUUAGUGCAACAGAGGCUCUGACCAUCCAGAUAUCCAAAGACCCACAACACAGCAGCACCUGCUCCGCCCAAACACUCGCAGAGACGUUGAGAGGACUAACACACACUUAAUGAAACUCAUCACUACUACUAGUAAUAUCCAAACCAAGAGGAACUGCUGCAUACAGUACAUAGGUGAUCUCUGACUUGUGCUUUAAGGUACACCUGUAAACAAAGCUGUUUUAUAAAGAUGUAGAUUGUUCACAGGUCGCCAUGUAACACUUCUGUUCUUUCUCCAGCUUGGCAUAACAUGAUGUAUUCUUGUAUAUUAAUGCUUGACUUAUCUCUCCAGGGCAUUCUUUCCCAUUUUGUCCUUUGAUUUUCUCUUCUGUUUUGUUUCUGCACCUGUUUAGCUAUUGUAAAGCUUUCAGCUCUGAUUCCUAUACUGUACUGCUAAUGCUGAAGUAUAUGUAUUUAUCAUAUUAAGUGCUGCAGGUAUCUCGGUUUAUUAGUUUUGUUUUUGUUUGUUUCCAUUUUUUCAGUUCUUCAUAAAACGUCUGGGACGCUGAUUUUUUAAGUGUAUUAUCUCUAAAAAAAAUUAAAAGAAUAAAAGUUAGAUCAGUGGUUUAGGUAACACCUGUUUGUAUAUUUAUCUUAGCUAGGUCUAUUUUGAUACUUUUUUGUCUCUGUACUGCAUUUAUGCAUUUUUAAGGAAAGAAAAAAACAAAUGGAAAACAAACUAAAAAGUUACUUCAUUAUGUAUUGAUACCUCAGAAGGACUUUUUCUUAAAGACAGGACCAAAACAUCUGAAAAGAAAAAGAGAAAGAGGAAAAAAUGUAAGAAUAUGUAGCCCCUCUCUUGCUUUAAAAAAAAAACAGAAAAAAAACACGGAGCUCUAGAAAGAUAUUGCUGUUGGUCCUCUCAGGUGCCAAUAUGUGUCCCAGCUCCCUGUGACCCCUCCCUCUGACCCCUGACCCCUGUCAUUCCUGUGCUGAACUCCGACCCGCAGAGCUGUCAAUCAUCUGCAGGCGCCAUGGGGCUGUCACUGAGUCGCACACCUGGCUGGUGGUGACCAGUCACAAACCUCAUCUCCCAGUCCCACAGAGGCAGAUCAAAGCCCGACAGUGUUGCAUUUUUGAUCCUCCUCCUCUCGCAUAGUCUCAAUACCAAAAUGUGGAAUGGCUCUCAGAGAUGCAGCUCAUCCUCUGACUACCAAAGGCAUUGAAAGCAACCAUUUGCUUAGUCCAAACUCCUGAACUGUAACCAAACUGUAACCAAACCAAUGCCACAACCUUAACCAAACAAAAACCAAGCUACUUCCAAAACUCUUCAUCCACUUCACUGAUCACCUUUACUGAUAGCUGUUUAUCCCGUACAUCCAUGUAAUGGUGUUGCAGGACCAGCCUGCAUCCUAUUGGCUGGACUCAAAGGACACAGGGAGCCCAAAUCCUGACUUGUGAUUGGACAGUUCUGAGGUGUCACGUGAGGGGGAAGGGACUCUCAAAGUGGAGCAUUGCCUGACGGUAUUAUCAAGUAGACAGCCAGAAUCCGAUGGAACUACCACUUCAGCUCUCCUCUGGUUAAACCUAAGGAAUGUGUGUACAUUUUCAGCAGUGACUCUCUGUAUUGUUUCUUAGUUUCAGUUUACCUGUUUACCUCUCUUUAUCCUUUGGUUUUUUGUUCUGUUUCUUGUUAUUUGAAAGUGUGGCCCGAGGAAGAGGCGGGGACAGGGACUGGGCGGUGGCUUUAGACAGACAGUGGAGCCCAGCCCUCUGACCCUCCACCCCGGGUAGCCAUGUAAUGCCAGUCACUGCCCUUUCCUUCAUGCUGUAUAAAAACACACACACAUAUAUCUGUGUAUUUGUAACCUGAAUCUUCUUGUGUCUGUCCAUGCAGACAAUAAAAAAACUGUACAGUAGGUCUAGUUGCAUGUAAUCUGUACUAAUUAUUGACAAUGGCAUUAUAAAAUGCAAUAAAAUACUUAUUACACUGUC